UAGAGAUAUUGACAAUUGGCACAAUCAAUUACAUUAAUAAAGCAUUAGAAUUGAAGAACUGAAGGAUUCAUUUUCCAAUACUGUUUAAUUUUAUGUUGAAAACUAAAAAUAAAUGGAAUAAAAUAAAAUGCCUGGGUUUGUGGCAGUUCAUACUGGCGCUGGCAAUUCCAUAGAUGAAACAUUGUACAAAAAUGUUUGUGAAGAUGCGUGCGUUCAGGGUGUCAAUGUUUUACGAAGCGGUGGAAGUGCAUUGGAUGCCUGUGAGCUAGCGAUUGUAACACUAGAAAAUUCCUGCGCCACGAAUGCGGGAGUCGGCUCGAACCUAACGUGGAACGGACUGGUGGAGUGUGACGCUUGUAUCAUGGAUGGAAGUACGCUGCAGUUUGGGGCUUGUACAAAUGUUUCGGACGUUAAGAAUCCUAUCAGCUUAGCGAGGCACAUAUGUGAGAGACAAUCCAAACUGCUCAGUUUCGGAAGGAUACCGCCGAUGGUGCUGGCAGGGAAAGGUGCCUCUGCGUAUGCGAAAGAGAUUGGUUUGCGUUUGGUUGCAAGGGAACAGAUGGUAUCGAUAAAGGCCGCGAAAAGCUACGAUCACUAUAGGAAAACUAUUACGGACUACGAGGAAACGAACCAAAUAAAGCUAUCACCUUUGGACACGGUAGGGGCGGUCUGUGUAGAUGCGGACGGUUCGAUAGUUGCCGGUUGUAGCUCGGGUGGAUUGUUGCUGAAAAUGAGUGGACGGAUAGGACAAGCUGCCACGUACGGUGCCGGCUGCUGGGCCCUGACGGAUGAAACGAGCUGCAUGUCUGCGGCUACCUGUACCACAGGCAAUGGAGAGUUUCUAAUGAAGACACUUUUCGCCAAAGAGCUGGUGGAGGAUUUGAUAAACUGCAACUGCCCGAUAACCUCGCAGCAUCAGACCUAUCAGAAAAAGCUGCUCGAUUCACCGUUUCUAGCGAAGCAAAAAGAGAUUUACGCCGGCUCGCUGUCGUUGAUUUACAACACUGCCAGCAACGAUGGGGACCUACUGUGGGCACAUACGACUAAUUCCAUGUGCCUGGGAUUCCAGUCGACGCGACAUAAAAAACCGAAGUGCGUCGUAUCGAAACUACCCCCGAAUAUAUUCUGUGGAACUAAAACCGUUGUGAGUGGUCAUCAUUUUAAGCUGAAUUACUAGUAGGACAGAAUGAUAGACGUGAAACGCGUCUCAGAAUGUUAAACUGAAUGCGUGAGCUAAACGGUAGUCGCUUGUUCCUUUGUCUUUUUCUGGUCGAUAAAUCUUGUGAGGGUAGCUUUGACGAUGGUACAAUGUGUUCAGCAAUAUUUUUCUCCUGAAACUGUUUCUUCAUCUAUUGUCACUCUGAAUUUAGUCUAAAACAGAGUGGUUUGCUUUAAAAAUAAUGCUUAAUACAAAAACAUCUGUUCGAGAAAAUGCUCGAGACUCAAAGAGGUUGAGGCGUCAAAAUUAUUAUCAAAAAAGGAUUACUACAAAUCGCGAUAAAAAAACCUUCAAACUAUCAAUUGCGACGGUUAGUUGUCUUUAAAACUAGUAGGUUAGUCCGUGAGCUAGUGUCUAGCUUCUAUUGCUCCUCACUUGACAUAUAGAAAUUUAAACUCUCACUGAUAAAUUUAGUCUACGUUCGAGAAAGUAAACUAAAUACUAAUUUUAGGAAAUAUUUUAUCUCCAAUAGAGCA